AACCCUUUGAUUUAGAACCAGAAAUUGAUGAUGAUAAGACUGUUUGUGAAUCAGAUCAUGAUGAAUCAGAAAAUAUAUAUGAAUAUGAACUUUUCGUUAUGAUGUUUGUCGAAAUUGCCGUAACUGUUGCAACUGGCGCAACUGGUGAAAUUGGCACAACUGGUGAAAUUGGGGAAAUUGGUAACUAG